AUGGCUGCAAUCGAGUUUGUCACUUGGGAUCCGAAAGCGAAUGAUUCACAUGAAGUGAGUUUAUUAUUUUCAACAAAUCAUAGUGAUUCAUCAAAAAUUUAUGAAUUUUGAUGAUUCAGAAGUUGAAUUUGAACCAUUGUUCAUUAAAAAUUGUAUAAAUUACAGACAGUCGAAAAUGUUAUCAAAGUCAUGGAAGAAUUGAUGGAUAAAGGAUAUCAAAUGGUGGGUCAGCGUAGAGAAUCCGUCGAAAAAGUCGAAGUGAAACUUGAAAAAGUCGAAGUGAAACCAGCACCUUCCAACAAGCAACACUGA